ACUGCAGAUUGAAGAUCAAACAAACAAGCCCUGCCUGUUGGAUGAUAUGGUACUUAGUUUCAAAACCAGGAAAGUUGACAGGGAUUCUUUUCCCUUCCAUGACGCAAGCCCCACGAUGUAAAGAAAUUUAAGCCUUGUCUUUGAAUUAAAGAAUAAAGACCGUCCAUUUAACAAUGUAAAGAAAGGAAUAUACGAGGAAAAGUAAAUAUAUUGUGGGCCGCUGCCACUCCCAUCAGUCACUGUUUUCUGGCAAGAGAAAGAACUACUCCAAGCUUACAUAUACAUCUCUCCCCUCGGGCAGAAGGGUGACCCAGUUAGGCUUUUCUUUUCAAUUUUUUUAACAUCAGAAUUCCAUGGCAGCUUCUGGAGGAUCCAAAUCAGCAGCCUCAGUCCUCCUAAUAGUCAAUCUUGUUCUGUAUUUCAUUGCAACUGCGAUCGCUGUAUGGGCUAUAAAUCAUGGGAUUCAAAGAUCUCGCGAGACAGCAUCUGCUUUGUCUAUUUCGGCUCGCCUGUUUCCGAUAUAUUUGCCGAUGGGAAACACGGCGACCGGUUUCUUUGUGAUUUUCUCCCUCAUUGCCGGCGUUGUGGGCAUGGCCACCUCACUUGCUGGACUUAACGAUGUUGCUCAAUGGAAUGCGCCCAACUUACACGCAGCAGCAUCCUCUUCUCUUGCAACUUGGGCUCUCACUCUACUGGCCAUGGGAUUAGCAUGUAAAGAGAUUCAACUUGGUUGGACAGAUUCAAACCUGAGGAGUCUAGAAAUCAUGAUCAUAGUUGUGAGUGCGACACAAAUGUUUUGCUUGGGUGCUAUCCAAGUUGGAGUUGAAGAUGCUGUUGCACAGCAAAGAGGCUACCAUUGAAGACUCUGAGCUCCAGUCUGCGACAAUACUUAACUAUCUGGUGAUUCCCUUUCAGAAAAGUUACAUUUUCUGACUGUGGUUCUUGGGAUUGUAGUGAGGGUGAUUUCCUUCUUUGAUGUUUCAGAUGAGAGUUUCAAGUGCUGGUUUCAUGUCCAUUGUCUCUUUGGUCUUAAUUUUGAACCUUUAAGUCGUGUUCCCUUCAGAAAAGUUACAUUUUUUUAAUAUUAUAUUUAUUUUAAAAUUUGAAA